UGCGCGUAGUACCGGUUUCCCAUCUUCGUGGUGCAUAUUUUACGGAUCUUUGGUCUUAUUGCAACAUAUUUGACUCGAAUGUGGCAAAGCUUGAGUGAAUUUUAUCUGUUUCUUUCACAAAUAAGUAUACAUUUGUACUUAACGACUACGUGAAAGUGUAGUUUUCAGAUCAAAACAUGAAUUCCUCAAGUAUAUGCUACAAGUGCAACCAGCCAGGGCAUUUUGCCAGGGAGUGCUCACAGCGGGACAUCAAUAGAGCUAACUUCAACUACAGGAGCCGGGAGAAGUGCCACAGGUGCAACAAACUUGGUCACUAUGUCCGAGACUGCAGGGAGGAGUUCAAUCGCUGCUACCGUUGCUUUGGUGAAGGUCACAUCGCGAAAGAUUGCCUCCAACAUCCAGACGUGCCGUCCUGUUACAAGUGUAAGAAGCCUGGCCACAUAGCCCGGAGCUGCCCAGAGGGUGGUGGUGAUAGGACCAGCACUGACACUUGUCACAAUUGCCAACGGCCUGGUCACAUCUACCGAAACUGUCCAGAGAACACUAAAACUUGCUACUUGUGUCACAAGCCGGGCCACCUUAAGAGAGAUUGCCAAGAGAAUAACGAGUAUAGAAAGUAGUGCCUCGCAUUGCUCUUUUGUUGUAUUUUAUAUAUAUACGUUAUAAUAAAAUGUCUGUUCUCUUGAGAAGAAAAAAUAUUGUUAUUCUAAUGUUUUUUAUUUAUACUUUAAACUGUUUCCUAAGUGUUUUAUUUUUGUAGAAUUAGAUCUAAAAUUUUUAAUGUAUCCUAAAUACAACUAAAGGAUUAUUGAUAAA